GUGUUAGCCCCGCGGAUCUCGCCCUCCAGCUGGGUUUGUUUACAUGUCAGAAGACGCCAUCGCAGCACGCAAGAGCAGGCCCGUCCUCGCUCCCCACCUUAUUCUGGGGGACUGUUCGCCUUAGAUUCUUCAGUUUGGUGGUUUUUAGAAAAUCAGUGACCUAAAGGAGAUAAGGCAAUUUGUGUAGAAAGAAUUUAAUGUGAAAUAAGAUAUUGUAAGUAGAACUUUUAUAAUCAAGUGUGAGGAAUACUAUUUAAGAAAAUCUCUACACAUUAAAUUUUGACCUAUCAGAGUUGUAGCUGUCAACUUCACACAGCAUCCUGAAUUCAGUGCAAUGGGAAUGUUCGACAGGCUAGCAUUUUUCCUCGGCCUUAAGAAACGUGAAGCUAGUGUAUUGGUCAUUGGCCUGGAUAACUCAGGCAAAUCAACCAUGCUGAACCAUUUCAAAACAGAAGAUCAGAAGACAACAGAUAUCGUCCCUACAGUGGGGUUCAAUGUGGAAAAGUUCAAGACAAAAAAUGUGGGUUUCACAGCAUUUGAUAUGUCAGGUCAAGGACGCUACAGGAGUCUGUGGGAACAUUACUACCAUGACUGUCAAGGUGUCAUAUUUGUGGUGGAUUCCAGCGACAAGCUGCGGCUAGUUGUCGCCAAGGAUGAGCUCGAUAUGUUGCUUCAGCAUGCAGAGAUCCGUCACCGUAGGAUACCAAUACUCUUCUUUGCCAACAAGAUGGACAUGCGAGAUGCUGUAAGUAGUGUGAAAGUCUCCGCAGCCUUGGGUCUCGAGCGCAUCUCUGACAAGCCAUGGCACAUUACUGCUUCAAAUGCCAUUACUGGAGAAGGCCUUCAUGAGGGCGUUGAAUGGUUGACAAAUCAAAUUAAGGAGAACUUUGGAAAUAAUAUGAACCGUUAGGCAAAGCAUAAGUUUUAUCUCUCUCUUUUUGUAUUAGCGUGAAAAUGAUCUGUGAGUAAAAACUUUAAUUAAAAAUUAAUGUUUUAAAAACUGUAACAGAAAAUGUUACUUUGAGAGGAAUUUUUGCCAUGAUUUUUUUUUUUUUCUUUCCUUUUCUUUUCUUUUUUUGAUUAUGUUAUUGAUCAAUUUAAUGGAUUAAUCCUCUAUUUUUUUUUUUCAAAGUUUAACAUUAAUGUUUUAUAAUAGUUACAGCAAAAAUCAGCUAUAGGAAUAUCUGAUUGCUUUGCUUAAAAUAAAGGAAAAGCAAUUCUGUGGAAUUUAGUAAAUCUCUAAAUGAAGGUCAUAAGAAUUACUUGCGCUUUGGACAUUUCAUACAUUGCAUUCCUACUAACGCUAAUUUCAGUAAGCGUAACGUCCUAGAAGGAGGUAAAUGUUGGAGCUAGACUCUUCGAAACUAGUCAGUGCUGUGAUAAGAAAAUUUUGAGUGCUCUUAUACAUCUAGUCAGCAUUUGAAAUAGAGAUAUUACUAUAGAGCAGUAAUACUACAGAGCUGUAAUACAUAGAUUUAUAUAUUUCAUUCGUUUUCAGUUUUGCUCAACUGAAUGAUUAUUUAAAGUUCUCUACAGCCUAAACAAUUAGAGUUCUCAGCAGUGUUGCAUAAUUGAGUUGUUUGUAUGAAUUUUGUAAAGUAAUUGGUCUUUAUUUUAUUGCACAAAUCUAUACUUUGUUUUCAGUUAGUAUGUUAUUUUUAUUACUUUUAUAUUAUGUAUACCAGGAAAAUUGGUAAUGAGAGGAAAAUGUGUCUGUCUGUCUCUUACAGUGUUAUUGACAGUUUUAUUCUUCAUCAGUGCUAUCAAACAAAUAAUUGAGGUUUUAUAAGGGUAGACAGUGUUUACUUUUUUUUUUUUAAUCAUGAUAAGCACACAUUCCUUAGAAAUAUAAUGUUGUAUGGAAAGCUACUUUACAUAUGGACUUGCAGUAGGUCCACAUUGCAGCAGUAUUGAGUGUAUUGAUGUUCUAGUCACUUUUUUUCUUUUGUGUAAAGCUAUCAAUUGCAAAAGGUGAAAGUUCUUUUGUAAUCUUUAUUUUGUUGUUUGCUGAGACUUCUUUGGUUGGUACACUAAAAUGAAGUAUUUCUUAGGUUUUGUUGGAUGAAAUGUUAGAGAAGGCAUAACAUAAGGGAAAAUUUGCAGCCAGUAACUAUCCAAAAAAGGGAAAAGAUGAAAAGAAAGACAUCAUUUUAAAAACAAAUGCAUACAUGCACUGGCAAUUAUUUCUUUCCCAAGUUGCCAAAAUGCAGGUUAAGUAAUAGUGAUAACUCCAGAAUAAAUGAAUGUUAGUAUUUUUUGUUUUUUUUUUAAUCUACAAUUCAGGUGUAUCAUACAUUAGGAUGGCCUUAUCAUUGUUUCCUUUGUACCUGUAAUCUUGUCAAUUGGUAUUUGAACUAUUUAAACUGAUUGCUUCAUUCUCAGGUAACUAUACAGGCUUUUUGUACAAUUCAUUAAAAAAGGAAUUGCCCUUUGGAGUGAAUAUAUUUGUUACAGUUUGCAAAAUAAUGUAACCCAUUCAUUUUAGUUUAACAUGUACAUAUAUGCUAUAACCACUGUGAUUUUAGUGUAUUAAUUUUGUUUACUUGUAAAUGGUUCCACAAAAGCUAAGUUACCAAGUAGUCAAUUACUAGUCCUACCAAUUGUAUGUUUACCCCUUUCAGUGAUUUUCAGAAAAGCUGUUUUUAUGUUUAUUUAUUAUACAUAUUUAAAAAAUAUUAUGAUAAUCAUAAUGUCAAUAAUAAUAAUAAUAGCAACAACAACAACAACAACAACAACAACAACAACAACAACAACAACAACAACAACAACAACAACAACAACAACAACAACAACAACAACAGUAUUUCUUAAUACCAUUAGGAAAAUAUUUUUGUCAGUUGAGGUCACAUAGAGUUUACUAAUCAGUUCCUUGGUGACUGAGCACUUUUGGAGCUAUCUAUAUUUAAAAACAAAACAUUCACAAAACAAAAUUUCUGUGGAGAGUACAUCUAUUCAGUACCAAUGGGUCACAUGGUUCAGUAUAAUCCUUAUGAAUUUUGAAGCUUACAGGUACAUUGUAAAUGUUGUGCUUUGAAAUCUAACAGUAAAAGUACCUCAUGGUGUGUUCAUUCAUUGUAUCGUGUAUUUAGAGCAAAUGUUAUAAUUUUCUUUAUUUUUUUUUUUAUUUUUUUUUUAUUUUUUUUUUUAUUUUUUUUUUUUUGUGCCAUUUUAUGCAACCACACAUUCCUGGCUGUCAUUUCAUCACAUUAUGUAAACAGAUAUGUAGUUGUUAUUGAACUGUUUUUCUUUUUUGCCGAUGCUUUCUACUGGUGUAAUCGAAUCCGUCCAUAACCGUCCAUUAUACCAAUGAUAAGAAAGAGGUUAUUAUAAAGAUCUAUUUUUAUUUAAUAUUUUCAUGUAUUUUCAGCUUGCACAAUAAAAACUUCAGUAUAA